ACACAACAUACAUCCACACGCACACACACGCACCCUCCAACUCCCUAUUCCUUCUUCUCCUAUAUUCUCGAAGCCAUUCACAACUCUGACGACAGCUGCCUCAAGUCUGCCACAACAUCUCACACCCAACAACCGCGACCCCUCGAAUCCACAAUGGCGGCCCAGACCCCAACAUCAGCUCAAGCCCAGGCCAACCAGGGCAGCUGGGGAGCUUUCCUCAAGUCCAUCGCCUCCUUCAACGGUGACCUCUCCUCCCUGACGGCCCCGCCCUUCAUCCUCUCCAGCACCUCCCUGACCGAAUUCUCCUCCUACUGGUGCGAGCACCCCUCCAUCUUCGCCGCCCCCGCAAAGGAGGCAGACCCGGCCAAGCGCGCCCUGCUCGUUACAAAGUGGUUCAUCAGCACCCUCAAGCAGCAGUACGCCUCCCGCAGCGAGCAGUACGGCAACGAGAAGAAGCCCCUCAACCCCUUCCUCGGCGAGCUCUUCCUCGGAAAGUGGGAGGAUGACGCUGGCACGACGGAGCUCAUCAGUGAGCAGGUUAGCCACCACCCGCCCGCGACAGCCUACUCCAUCACCAAUCUCCCCACAGGCGUCCACCUCGAGGGCUACAACGCACAAAAAGCAACCUUCAGCCGCACAAUCAACAUCAAGCAAAUCGGCCACGCCGUCCUGACCAUCCCGACCCCAGAUGGCAAAAAGGAGACCUACCUCAUCACCCUUCCCGCCCUCCACAUCGAAGGCCUCAUCUUCGGCGCUCCCUUUAUCGAGCUCGAGGGCACCUCCUUCAUCACCUCCUCCACAGGAUACACCUCCAAGAUCGACUACUCGGGCAAGGGCUGGCUCUCGGGCAAAAAGAACAGCGUCAUUGCCUCCGUCUACCCGACAGGCAAGGAAAAAGAUGUGGCCUACAACAUCACGGGCGUCUGGACCAAAUCUUUUGAAAUCCACGAGGGCGCCGCAAAGCACAACUCCUCCAAGACCCUGAUCGACACCUACGACGCAUCGCAGCACCCAACCUCCAAGCUCAUCGUCGCUCCCCUCGAGAAGCAGCACCCGCUCGAGUCCCGCCGCGCCUGGAAGGGCGUCGCCGACGGCAUCGCAAAGGGCGACAUGGACCUCGUCAGCCGCGAAAAGUCUGCUAUUGAGAAGGCGCAGCGCGACCUCCGCGCAAAGGAGAAGACGGAGGGACGCUCCUGGGACCGUAGAUACUUUACUGAUCGCCAUGGCGCUGGCGAUGCCGUGCUCGAAUCCCUCGGUGGCGCCGUUGGUCUCCCUGCUACGGGCGACGCGGACAAGACUGGUGGUCUGUGGCGGUACGAUGCCGAGAAGGCGGAUAAGGUGCGCAGCCAGGCGGCGCUGAGCGAGGCGGACCAGGCCAAGAUUGCGGGGGAGAUUUUGGGACAGCAAAAGUCAUCAUGA